UUAUUUGAUAAAUCCAUAAUGGCAGACUUAUUUGUGACAUUUGGCCUUACACUAUGUGGAUUUAUAGUUUUUGUUGCUUAUUUAAGCCAAGGGAAAACGUUUUAACGAAAUAUUAGAAGGCAGCAGAAAUAAACGUGACUAUACUGUGGAGAAUAAAAUACAAUGUUGAUGUCUUGUGCGGGAUAUCUCAUCAUUAAAAGAUUGUCUUUAGUAAUCGCUGUAUAUACACCAUUACUUCCAUCGCAAAACAGUUGUGGUCUCUUUUAGUCCAGUUCAAGUCACUGCCUUAUAUAUUAGGUGUACAAUAGGUUUUGUGUAUAUAUAGGUUUUGGUUAUAUUAUGUUUAUGGACUUGUGUUUAGUUACAACUGCUUCUUAGGACUUCUUGUCAGUGUAGGAUGGCUCAAACAAAACAAAGUAAGACAUAAAUAAAAGUAGAAAUAGAAGUGCUUCACACGUUACAUGUGACAAUGAUAGGUCUGCGAAACAUUUACCACGCAGGACGAUUUUUUUCUUCUCGUCUGCGGGUAUUUUUCCUUAAAAAAUCAAGUACAUGCCAUGUUGCUGUCAUGGUAUCAUUUUCCACCUGGUCUUUGGUGUUGUACGAGCCCUGGUAUACAAUGCAUGCCUUUUAAUAUAAACAAUAUUGGAUUUGGGGGAGGGGGGCCUGUCUACUUAACUUGUAGGGACAUUUUUCCUUUUACAACAAAAGUUUUCUCAAUAUAUUUGUGGAGGGUUGUAGGUCAAAGGAAUUGCUUGGCCUACUGAACUUUUCCAAUAACAAACAAUAUUGUGUAGCAAAAGGAUUAUUGUUUUUUAAAUAUUGAGUAAAUUGCUUCUAAAAUGAUUAUAGGCACCCAGCUAAUUAUUCCAUGUGAAUAAUAAAUUUAUUUAUGACAAUGAUUACCAGGCCUCAUUUUAUGGCACAAGGAAAAACGUUAAUAAUACCUUUUUUAAAACUAAUAUUUGAAAUGAGUUAUGUUUUUGUGCAUUUUGUAGCGUGUAACUGUAGCUCUCUAUACCACAUUGCUGAUGAAAAAUUGUUUGAAUUGUACUUUUUAGAAAAUCUCAAAAUGAGUUAUAUAAAAACAAGGAAUAUGAUUAAAAAAUGCAAGGGCAAAUUACAGCUUCCCCAAGAGAAAGGUGAAAUAAAUAACCAGAAAGCUGGUCUUGUUGAGUCAUUAGUUAGUGUUGUGGAAAAUCAACAAGACAAAAAUAAAAUUGAGGUAUAUAUAUUUCCCUGUUGACAAUUAUUAUCUCUGAUUAUUUCGUUGACAGCAGCCCUAUAUAAUAACAGCGGCAAUUUAAUUAUGAUAUACUUAUUAUUUUUACCAUUCUGUAAACUGUGCAGUCUAUUGCUGUAUUCAUUUUAUUUCUGUCUUAGAAACCUGCUUUAAAUUCUACUGGAAAGGGUAUGUCUUUCGUCUUUCUCAUGGAGGUUUUGGAGACUAAAAUUAAUAUCUCUUUAACAUUUAACAUUUUCAGUUCCAGGUAGUAUCGAUAUUGAAGAAGCAGAUAUAAAAGCAGCAGUAUAUUGCUCAGAACUGCAAGAUAUAUUUAGUGGAAAGGUAAAGUUUUUUCAUAGUUUGUAUGAAAUAUUUUCCUCCCCUUUUUUUCUUUUUCAUUUUUGAAUUAGCAGUUUUCACCUAUGUGCAUCACCUAAAAACAAAUUAUUGCCUUUUAAGGUAUAUUAAACCGAGGAUCUUCUGAUGACGAAGAAGAUCCUGACUGGCUAACAGUAACUGCUAUUAACAUUAAUCAAAAGAGGGAAGAAAUAAAAAACAGAGCAUUAAGUUCAUUUGCUAAGUAUUCGCAAUUUUUUGUGUUGUUAAAGUUAAUUUUAAGUUGAUUAUACUUACUUGAUGCAUAAAUAUUGUUAGAAUGUUGCUACGUUCUCCAAAAAUAGAAACUAAUUUUUUUAAUUUUAUUUAAGGUAAUGAAGUAAAUUCUCCACCUAUCGAAGCAGAUAAAAAUGGUAAAUACAAAUAGAAGUAUUAUACUUAUACACUCACAAAUUAUGACUGAAACUAAUACAAGAAAUCGUUACCUACCUUUAGGCACAAGUGAAGAGUUAAAUAACAAGAUACCAGAACUAAUAGGUAUAUUUAAAUUCCUGCUGACCGAUCAAUAUCACCCUGAAAAAAAUGUUGCUUUUACCGGACUAACGAUGCAAAUGCUUAUGGAAUAAAAGAAGAUAGAUACUAUGAAAUUAUAUUCAACCCUACCAUCAAGUGCGCGCCAGAGAAUGAUACUAUGCAGGAUAAAAUAUAGGUUAAAAACAUGAGGAAAUCGAACAGUAUCUGCAAAUGGAAAUCAAAGAGCGGAAUGGAGUCGCGAAAAAUGGAUUACUAGGCGUCAAUGUUAUCACUACGGGCGACAGAAUUGGGCCAUUAGCAGCAGGAUUUGGGGCUCCCCUGUGCAUUGCUAUGGGGGGUAACGCAUUGGCUAUGGGAAUCGGGCAGGCUGGCCAGAGGAAUGCUUCAAAAAAAUUAGAUGUCAAAUCACAGAGACAUGAGAGUAUUAGAUUACUAGACGAAUCAAAAUUGAAUUUCGCCGUUGAUUUUGCAUCAAAGGAAUCGAAAACGGGGUUAUUAGUAACUAUGAGUUUAGUCUAAUCAUGCAAGAAAAACAGCGAUAUAUGGUGCUAAAAGAGCAAAUUCCCUAACGACUUAACCCUAUUCGGUCCGGAGUUUCUCGAACAUAAUAUGACCGGGGGCGGAAUCCGCCCCCCCC